UCCCCCCCCCCCCCCCCCCCCCGGCUAUCUCUCUCUCUCUCUCUCCCCUUCCCCGCUUAGCUUGCCACCUGUUCUCUCUCAAAGGAGGAGAGAGAAGAAUAGUAUUUUGAUUCUUGAAGUCUAAAGAGUAAGAGAGAGAAUCGCCUCUCUCUCUCUCUCUCUCGCUAGGGUUCUUGGUUUCGCCAUUGUCACGCUUCAAUGUAUUCGCAUCGUUUACAGCUUAUCGGACUUCUACAUUACAUCAUCGACGCCGGAUUCGCUUCGAAUUCCACAAAAUUGGAUUCCAUUUCGCUCAAUUGAGGUGGUCCAGGUCAAGAGUUUGUACUGAAAUUGCUUCUGCGAGGAAGCUCACGCGUGGACUAAAUUAGCUGCGGCUGCGUGAACCCUUAUAUUUUUCCUUUUUGGUUUUAUCCGUUUGAUUGUGAGUUAUUUUUGGUGUUGUGGGUUUUAAUUGGUUAUUCCGUUUGAUUGGUUUUUCUUUCUUCUGACAUAAUUUUUCUUCUGCCACUUAUCAACUCCAAAUAAAACGGGAAGGAAGCUUGCAUAUAUCUCAAAUUAGUUCUGCAUUCCAAAAGCAGGUGAUAUGAGAUUUAACUCUGUCCUUGCAGUGGAAGGAAUUGAAAUUGUUAGCACUUGUGAAGAAUCAUUAACCAAUAAUCUAUUGUAUGCAGUGUUGGAAGUUCCUUGAAGAACAUUACUCAUUGGGAGAUGAAAGUUUUGUAAAGAAUGGCACGGCUAUUAGUGGACCCCCACACAUAGUUGUACAGAAGAGUAUUUAGGAUUGCAGAUCAUCCUAGUCCAAUGGUAUGUUCACUUGGAAGUGGGAGAAUGGCAGCCAUGGCAAGGCUCCUCGUGGCAGGAAGCUUCUCACAAACUAUUGCAGAGGAAGUUGGCAACCAUAGAUUAGCUGCUCAGUACAUCCAAAGAGAAUUACGUGGGGCAGAUGAAGCAAAUUUACUUGAUGAAGAAGAUAUGCAUGUAUUUGAUUUGAAGCCCAUGACAGAUCCAUUGUAUUUGGUACGUUGCAAUGCUUGUAAGAAGCCAAUCAAGGCCAGCCAAUAUGCAGCUCAUGCAGAACUCUGUAAAUUGGUGAGUUCUUCAGAAGUAAUUGUUCCAGAGAUUGGCUGUGUUACUGGGCACAAGAAACCUCCAAGGAAGGAGAGAAAAAAGUCACUAACUGCUUAUACUGCUGCUUCAGGUGGAGACCUGGAAAGGACUGAGCCUGCAGAAGCUGAUGAUGUUACCGCAUCAGAAUUCCAUUUGGACAAACAAAUUCAACUGACUUCUUCCUUUCCCAUGGAGGCAAAACGAAAUUCAUCUUCUGCUGAUGAGGCACUUAUAAUUGAUGGUUCAGGGGUUAGUCCAAGAAACCCAAAUUACCCAGCAGGUGCAAUGCCACCUCCAACAAAACGUUCUAAAUUGAUAGCAGCUGAGCGCUUACCUAUGUUGAAUCAUUUAGAAACUGCAAGUGGCAUUGCCAAAAGUUUCUGUUUGAGUACUCAGGAGGCUCGAUCUUGCAGAGAGGUUCCCAAAGGAUCAUCUGGCACAACUGAGAAGACUUCCAUUUGUGUUUCUGGAUAUCAAACACCCGGUCAAGCCCAUGACUGUUGCUUGCUGAGUAAAGAUGUCCCAGCUCCGCUUGCAACCAAAAUGUUUUACUCUCAAAGGAAUCAACGGCUCCGAUCAGCACUUGCAUACCUUUAUUGUGAGGCAUCAUCCCUUAAGAGAUCUGAUGACUUGGUGACUCCAAAUUCAUUGCAAGGAAAUGCCAUGCUAGUUCAAAUUUCAUCUCCUAAGAACAUCUCUCAUGAGGAAAUUGAUGUCCAGAGAGAAAAGACAGUGAGACACAAGUUGUCUUCAGUGCAAAAACCUGAUCAAAUUACCGCUGAUAGUUCAGACGUGUACUUGGGUGAAUUAGGAGGACAUACACCACUGAUGAAUGUCUCAAAUCAUGCCCCUCUUAAUAAUUCACUAAGACCUCAAAUGAUGCCGACUGGAAUUACAAGAAGCAAUUAUCUUUCAAAGCCUUUUGCUUUUGCUGGAAACUCAGAUGGUAGAAAUGAGCUGAGUUUGCCAUUUCAUUGGGGGCACUUUGGUCUUCCCCAUAUGUGCCAAAUCUAAUAUCAAGGCUUGUCACAUAUUUUGAGGAAGAGAUGGUGACAGUGGGAAAGUUUAAGGAUGAGGUGGAAACUUGCAAUUAGUUCCCUCUUCAAUCAUGCAUCUCCCAAGUGCUACAUUCAUCUGUAAGUUAAUUCAAGAUGGGAUUUAUGUUUAAGCAAGAUUUAGUAUUUCUCUCUUUUGUUUUAUACAUCAAAAUGAGCGUAUGUAUGCAUUGAUAAUAAUUAAAGAAGUUGAAGAUCUAACAUGUGUAAUAAAACUUUUAACUUUUGCCCACUAAAUAUGAUAAAAUAUCCCACCCCACUAUG